GCGCCUGCGCACCGUCGUCGGGUAGUAGCGGCGAUGUCCAGCCGGUCGAAGCGGGAGUCUCGCGGUUCCGGCCGCGGGAAGCGCGAGUCCGAGUCGCGGGGCAGCUCGGGUCGUGUCAAGCGGGAGCGAGACCGGGAGCGGGAGCCUGAGGCGGCGGGCUCCCGGGGCAGCCCGGUGCGCGUGAAGCGCGAGGUCGAGCCGGCGAGCGCGCGCGAGGCGCCGGUGCCCGCGGCUCCGGCCGUGCGGGUGAAGCGGGAGCGCGAGGCCGACGAGGACUCGGAGCCCGAGCGGGAGGUGCGAGCAAAGAAUGGCCGUGUUGAUUCUGAGGACCGGAGGAGCCGCCACUGCCCAUACUUGGAUACCAUUAACAGGAGUGUGCUGGACUUUGACUUUGAGAAGCUGUGUUCUAUUUCUCUCUCACAUAUCAAUGCUUAUGCCUGUUUGGUGUGUGGGAAAUACUUUCAAGGCCGAGGUUUGAAGUCUCAUGCCUACAUACACAGCGUCCAAUUCAGCCACCAUGUCUUCCUCAAUCUCCAUACCCUCAAGUUUUAUUGCCUUCCAGAUAACUAUGAAAUCAUUGAUUCCUCCCUGGAGGAUAUCACGUAUGUGUUGAAACCAACAUUCACAAAGCAACAAAUUGCAAACUUAGACAAGCAAGCCAAAUUGUCCCGGGCAUAUGAUGGUACCACCUACUUGCCAGGUAUUGUGGGACUGAAUAACAUAAAGGCCAAUGACUAUGCCAACGCUGUUCUUCAGGCCCUGUCAAAUGUCCCUCCUCUCCGCAACUACUUCCUGGAAGAAGACAAUUAUAAGAACAUUAAGCGUCCUCCAGGGGAUAUCAUGUUCUUACUGGUUCAGCGGUUUGGAGAACUGAUGAGAAAGCUGUGGAACCCACGAAAUUUCAAGGCACAUGUCUCUCCCCAUGAGAUGCUUCAAGCUGUUGUUCUUUGUAGCAAGAAGACUUUUCAGAUUACCAAACAAGGGGAUGGAGUUGACUUCCUGUCUUGGUUUCUGAAUGCUCUGCACUCAGCUCUUGGGGGUACAAAGAAGAAAAAGAAGACUAUUGUGACUGAUGUUUUCCAGGGGUCCAUGAGGAUCUUCACCAAAAAGCUUCCCCACCCUGAUCUGCCAGCAGAAGAAAAAGAGCAGCUGCUCCAUAAUGAUGAGUACCAGGAGACAAUGGUAGAGUCCACCUUCAUGUACCUGACAUUGGACCUUCCUACUGCCCCGCUCUAUAAGGAUGAAAAGGAGCAGCUCAUUAUCCCCCAGGUGCCACUCUUCAACAUCCUGGCCAAGUUCAACGGCAUCACUGAGAAGGAAUAUAAGACUUACAAAGAGAACUUUCUGAAGCGCUUCCAACUCACCAAACUGCCUCCAUAUCUAAUCUUUUGUAUCAAGAGAUUCACUAAGAACAACUUCUUUGUGGAGAAGAAUCCAACCAUUGUCAACUUCCCUAUCACAAAUGUGGAUCUGAGAGAAUACUUGUCUGAAGAAGUACAAGCGGUUCACAAGAAUACCACCUAUGACCUCAUUGCCAACAUCGUGCAUGAUGGCAAGCCCUCUGAAGGCUCCUACCGGAUCCAUGUGCUCCACCACGGGACUGGCAAAUGGUAUGAAUUACAAGACCUCCAGGUGACUGACAUCCUGCCCCAGAUGAUCACGCUGUCCGAGGCCUACAUUCAGAUUUGGAAGAGGCGCGAUAAUGAUGAAACCAACCAGCAGGGGGCUUGAAGGAGGUGUCCAGGGCUUUGUUCCCAAGGGUUUUGGCUGAGAAUGGUAAAGAAGAUGCUGAAGCUAUAGCUGAAUAUGGACCGACUGGUAGGUCCCCUGGGACAACCCAGUUUUCAUGUGUUCUGGCCACAGCAGAACAUCACAGAAGCCUGACUCUGGUUUGUUCCUGGUUGACCGCAACUGUUCUUUGC